AUGCCUAGGGUUCAGACUCCUCCUCCUCCUCCUCCCUCACUGUCAAUGGCUUCCACCAUCAAAGCCUAUGCACUUCCUGUUAUUCUCUUCGCCGCAGCCAUGUUCUACCAGCUCUUUGUUAUCCCCAAUGCCUUCCCUCCUUCUCAUUACGACGUUCUGCAAAUUGAUAGGUAUAGUUCGAUCGACACGGUUAAGGAGGCUUACAACAAUCUUGAAUCUAAAUGGAAUUCUGACGAGGAAGUAUCUGAUGUUCACGAGUUUUUAAAGAUCCGAUAUGCCUACGAGUUGCUGACUAAUCCUUUAUGGAAAAGAGACUAUGACUUAUUUGGCAUUGAUGAACAACUUCAUAUCAUUGAGGAUGCCAACGAGCAUUAUGCAGGGAGAAGUAUUUCACAAUUGGACUUCCCUUUACUAAACGCCCCUUCCUCUGAGUCUAUUGAUCAUACUACUUUAGUCAUUUCUGCAAGUGAUUUCCAGUCUAUAUUUCCAGAUUCAAAGCUAUGGUUAAUUCAGUUGUAUUCGUCCGGGAGCAAUCGUUGUGCUGAGUUCUCUAAGUCUUGGAAUAAAAUAGCUUCUUUGUUGGAUGCAUUUGCAAAUACUGGUAUGGUGGAACUUGGUGAGAAGGAGGUCUCUAUUUACUUUGCGGAUAAAAGAUCAACGGGAAAACCCUUUUUCAGAAAUGGAAUUCCAUCUCUUUUUGCCAUUCCUCCUGGAUGUCGUACUGCAAAAUGUUUUAGAAGGUUUGAUGGCGAGCUUACGAUUGACAAGGUGACAAAUUGGUUUGCAACAACUGUAUUGGCUUUUCCUCAAAUUAACUACUACAUGAAGGAAUCAUUGGUGCCAAAUUUUUUUGGAAAAACUAGUCAUCAUAAGGUAAAGGUAAUAUUAUUCUCAAAAACCGGGGAGCGUGCUUCUCCAUUUAUGCGACAAGUAGCUAAAGACUAUUGGGCUUAUGCUUCAUUUGCGUUUAUUCUCUGGCGGGAAGAGGAAUCAUCCUAUUGGAUGGGGGCAUUUGGUGUGGAAUCUGCACCUGCUAUAGUAUUUUUGAAAGACCCUGGUGUCAAACCUAUUGUGUACCAUGGGCCAGUUAACGAUUCCUUGUUUUUGAGUAUGAUGGAAAAUAACAAAGAGCAAGAACUACCACAAUUGAGGAGCGAGACAUCUAUGGAGCUAGGCUGUGAUCCUCAUGGCUAUUCACGUGCUGGAUAUGAUACAACUAUUUGGUAUUGUGCUAUUGCAUUGGGAAGGCCGAGUAUGGAGUUGAACAGACUGCGUGAAAUUAUUUGCAGGGUCCAAGAAACAUUGUCUAAGCAAAGUGGGGUAGAUGCAUUAUCUGAAAAUCAAUCCUUGGCUCCAGUCGUGGAUGCAUUGAAGAAAAAACGGUUGACAUUUGCGUGGCUUGACAGUGAAAAGCAAAAGGACUAUUGUAAAUUUUACCUUGGUGAGGGGGCAAGCGAAGGCACUUGUGGACAACGGAAGGGCAUGACUGAUAUUGCUCGGUUGCUUGUUAUUCGUUACCUAAGGAAUAAUAGUGCUGUUGAUACGAGGACACAGGAAAUGUCUAAGUGGAAAUCAUUAUUGGUCCAAGAUAUAAUCGAUGAUACUGAUCAGGCAGGCCAGUUUGUAGCUGGGUACAAGGGCACAGCUGAUGAUUCAGAGAUAUCCCAGUGGCUUGCAAGUAUUAUAAAAGAUGGUGACUCCAGAGAUUUGCCAUUCUUUACACUAAGAACUCCUAAGCUUGUUCCAGAUGACACAGAAACUAUUUGGUUUAAAACUGCACAACAGAUUCCACUAAAAAACCAUAUGCAGCGUAUUCUUGGUGUUGUUGGUGGACUUUCUGUGUACCUUGAUGAUCCGAGAAUCGGUCCUUUCCUGCUUUUGGCUGCCUUAAUUUCUCUGGGCACCAUCUGGCUGAGAAGAAGCCAACAAACUCCUCCAUCUCAGUCAAAACAACCUAGUUCCACGGAGCCGCCCUCCCGUGAUGAAAGAAAAUCGAGACCAACUGACCGGGUCCGGAGACGGUCUGGUAAAAAUGUGCCCCCAAGCAUGACAGAUUCGGAACCGCCCAAUGCUUUCCAGAUGCCACUUUUUGACUCUGAAUCUGAUUAG